UUUACCGAAUGAGAUGGAACACCGUGGAAUUAACAUUUCCAAAUCGUUGUAGCGGUGGCUGAAAUUAACAAACAACAGGUAAUUAAUUACUGAUCAUUAAAUGUAAAAUGUUGUCUUUACUACACGUCAGAGACGGUUCUGCACAGUAGCAUGCACGAAUGGUGAAGAUGUGGCAUCCCUUGCAAUCACUUGCUCUGUGUGUGCUACUUGCUCUCUUUGUAAACCACUGCCAAGGAGUCAGGCAGGGCCAGGAUCUCAAAUGUGGAGCGUGUAGGGCCAUGGUGGAUGAGAUGGAGUGGGCAAUAUCUCAGGUGGAUCCUAACAAAAUGAUCCAGACCGGGUCCUUUAGAAUCAACCCAGAUGGUAGCCAGUCUAUUAGAGAGGUUCCUCUCGCCCGCUCUGAGGGUAACCUCCUGGAGCUAAUGGAGGAGGUAUGUGAGAAGAUGAAGGAUUACGGGGAACGCUUGGAACUCACCACCAGCAGGGAGACCUAUGAGAGGGUCACGUCUCGGAACGGCAAACCCAUGGACCUCUCAGAGGCUAAACUGGAUUCCAGAGUCACAUCCAGCCUGAAAUUUGCUUGUGAGACCAUCGUUGAACAAUAUGAAGACGAGAUCAUCGAAUUCUUUGCCCAUGAAACAGACAACGUGAAAGACAAACUCUGCAGCAAGAGAACAGACCUUUGCGACCAUGCUCUGCAAAUCCCUCAUGAUGAACUAUGAUUCCAUCCUACAGUUCACACAGCUCAGCUUUAUACACAACUACCUUCCACUUCAUUAGUGGGGCUGCAGACUAUUCAGAGCAGCUCCAGCACCAGGUGCUUACUGUCUGUAAUACAGGAAUGGGGGGAGUUGAAGGUUGUAGAACUCGACACUAGCUCGUUCUGCUCUAUCAAUCACAAGGUGCAAGGUAUAACUUAUUGGGCAACUACUGUUAAGAAAACACUCAUGACAUCAACUAUAUUCUCACAUUUGUGCUAUUGUGCCUCAACCUAUAUUGUCCUUAUGCAGGUGUGUAUGAUGUGGGUAGAACACUAUUGUAAUGUGUAUAUUACUGCAAUGAAUUCAAAUCAAGUGUAUUGGUUGCAUACACAUAUUUAGAAGAUGUAAUUGCGGGUGCUAUUUAUAGUAUUUCUAACAGAAGGUUGUAGCAAUGGGGGGGUAAUCACUCUGGAUGAUUUCAGGAGUUUAAAUGUUCAAGCUUACUCUUGAAGCAGAUGGUGAAUCAAAUUCUGUAACGAUAGUUAGAUAGUAAAAUUGUUCAACAUGGUUGCUGUGCUUGUUGCUUUGAUUAAUUGUAUCCUGUGAAUGAUGGAAAGGUUUGAUUUAUACUUUCUCCAGCAACUCCCAUUCCUCUUCUAUUUUGUGUAUUCAUCUUUUGUCAUGGUCAUCUGUUUUUCAUACUUUGUUGUAGAAAUAUAUUUCCAUCAAUCUGGA